UUUGCGAGUGAUGGAAGACACUGUCUCUUCAGACCGGUGCCGAAAAAUAAUAAAUAAAUUACUAAAAGAACAACAGACUAGCGAGAAAUAAUAGCAUUGCUUAGAAGCGAGAGCCUUUAGAAAUAAAACGAUUUUCAGCACAGUUUCCCUUACCAUGAGACCAGUGCUAAAAAAUAGAAAUCAGAGAAACUAAGAAAUAAAAAAGGAAACUACAGUUUUGAAUGUGCGUCGUCCAUUUUGUCUGCUGUGCGUGUGUCUGUAUGUGUGUGUUAGUCCGUUUCCGGUCCAAUCAAUCAACAAACUUGAAUUGUUUUACACAAAAUCGCAGGACAAUAGCCUUAAAACUGCUAGAUCAAAACGAAACGCAAUAAGAAAACGCGCGCGUUGUAGACGCCACGCCUCCCGCCCUCUUCGGCGUCUUCUUCUUUUCAAGCGGAAGCAAAACAAAGAGACCAGGACAUUGCAAAAAGGAAGAGAGGAGAAUAAAGCAAGAGGAAGCGACCCGAAAAGGAAACGCAUAUGAGCUGAACGGCAGGAUAUAACCCCCAAAAAAAACGACCAAUUCGCGCAACCAAAAGUCUUAAAAUUCAACUGCUGCUGCAAACCGUAUGACUGAUUUAUCACGUUGAGCAAACCAUAGCGAUUACCUCCCUAAGAACUUUACACUAGCUUACAAAUAGAGAUAUAUACUCGCGCAUAUACGGCCGGAUAUAUUUGAAUGACAAGUCAAUAGCUCCGAUUAUAUAGGACUGUAUUGUAAAACGCUAGCAGAGUUGCCAGAUCAGCCAGUAGAAAGCCCGUAUAAAGUGUCUAUAACUGUUAUUGUAUCCGAUAGAUAGAGAGAAAGAGAGAGCGCAGAGGAGAAUCGGAAGCGAGAGAGCAGAGAGGAAUGCAGCGGUGUCCCUACAUUCAUGAGAUGCGCGAAAGACUACUGGACCAGCCACGGGAGACACUUCAACUGGAGAACAUGGAGCGGGCCAAUCUUCUCGACAACCGCCAAUCGGCAUCCGAAUCCAACCAGGUCGGCACUGUGGUCAAGCUGCAGGGCGAUGGCUAUCACACAAGUCCUGCGCACCAGCGCACCCCACUAGUGCCUCACGAUCUCGGCGAGGACUUCAAUUUGGAUUUCGACGACGACUUCCCGAUCGACGCAAGACGACCGAAAAAUGCCAACGGCAAACAUCCAGCGGUUCUGACGCGUCCACAGCAAAGGGUUUGCUACACGUUCAAGCCAAAUCCAAAUAAGUACAGUUUUAUGCCAGCGAAAAUAACGGUACAGGGCACAUAUGAAACAAAUCCAAUAACGGGACCCAUCGAACUAUGGACAUCGCUGUUCAUCGUGACCAGUCUGGUGUACGCGAUCCUCCUGAUCGUCGUCUGCAUCGCCUACGUAAUCAGUGAUGUAACCACCCACCGACUGCCGGUUUUGUACUACGAGACAUUCUUCACAUAUCUCUACGGCGUCAGCAUACUUUUCCUCCUCUACGUCUUCUGUUUCCUGCUGCAGGAGAGCUCUUGCUGCAAUGGCGGCAACGGCGGCAGCAAACCGAAACCCCAGCCCAAGGAAAAGAAGUCGAAGAAAGCCAAGAAUGCCGAUCCGGCCGAUUCGAAGGAUGCGAAGGGCUCAAAGGACUCUGGCAAGGCGGCCAAGGGCGCCGCAUAUCAGCACUCACUGGCCAAGUUUCUGGAAGCACCCGUGGAUGCCGAGGUGGCCGUCACCCCGAAGAAUGUGCGCAAGCGCAAGACAACCCACAGCGAUCUGACGCACGGCAGCUUCUUCCUUCGAGUGGGAGCCAUUGCCUUUGGACUGGGCGCCAUGAUCUACAUUGGAUUGGAGUUCGGAUCGUUCUUCGAAAUACCCUUCGAUUCGCCAUGCCAUCACAUCCUGAUCGGCGUGAAUCCACUGCUCCAGAUGAUAUUCACCUUCAUGCAGAUGUACUUUAUAUUCAUGAAUGCCCGGACUAGGCCGCCAUUUCAGCUGAACAUCCACCGCUUCAAGGUGAUCGCCCGCUUCGGCCUGAUGCACGUGGUGGCCACCAACAUCUGCGUGUGGAUCCGCACCCUGGUGAAGGAGUCGCUGCUGGAGAUCACGAUCUAUCACCAGAAGAACGAGCCGGAGGCGGGGGCCUCCUCCAUUGCCCACUCGAUCCGGCAGCAUGCACUGCGCCACGCCGGCACCGUGCUGAGGACCCACGCAGGACCCAACAGCGAGUUCGAGGUCUUGGAUGGCGAGGACAUCCUGCCCAAGGACGUGUACAAGAGCGACAACGUGCUGUCCAAGCUGGUUCGCAAUACCGUCGACGGUAUUUCGAAGAGCCUGGGCAUGGGUGGUGAGCAGGUGCUGGCCAGCACCACCAGUACCACCACCACGACCACCAGGGCGCCAGGGUUCACCACACCGGGCUACCAAUGGCACAGCACUACUAUGGCCCGCAAGCUGAAGAAGUUUAUCACCAGCGCCACCACCGCGGCCACCACGGCGGCGGGCAGCAGUAGCUCCACCAGCAGCACCACCAUCUCACCGUCGUCGACCGCCAGUAGCACCACCAUCCCGCCGACCACCACCAGCACCGCCAUCCCAUUAUCGAGCACCACCUUCAGUCCAUUCAGCCCCACCACCACCGCCGCCCUGAACCUCGAGACCAGUGGCAGUGAAUCGCCCUUCGGCGGCUUGCAGCGCAUCCUCUCCAGCGCUGCUCCGCCGAGCCUGGCGCCAGUCGAUGGGUUCGGAUCCGCCGCCACGCCAGUGCCCGUUUCCGGUUCCGCCGCCGGCUCCUUUGUGGACAACUUCCUGGCCAGCACCCUGAGCCCGGCCAGCAGCACCGAGGGCUCGGCCAGCAUAAUGAACAACCUCUUUGGCCAGGGCCCAAUGGAGAACAGCUUCCAGACGUACACGGACCUCGGCCACGAGGAGGCCACCGGGCUGGUGAGCUUCGAGAAUUUCGAGAGCCUGGACAGCAUUUACCCGGCGGCGCUGUCCUCCAACAUCGGCACACUCAACUCCACCGCCUGCGGACGCAUCGACAUAAUGGGCACCAUCGUCUACGACUCGGCGCCCUACCUCUAUCCGUUCAUCAUCGAGUACUCGCUGAUCGGGGCGGUGGUGUUGUAUGUGAUGUGGAAGCACAUCGGCCGCUAUCCGGGCCGCAUGAACGACGAGGACCUGGAGCACCGGCUGGAGGUGAUGCUCUCGCGGCGGGCGGUGGCCAUGGCGCAGCAGGCGCGAUCCGGACGCGUCGACUGCGUCGGCUCGUCGAAGGGCCUGUUCUUCGGGCUCCUGCUGCUGGUCGGGGCCCUCAUCUGCCUGAUACUCUUCUUCGUCUUGGUGCGCCAUCAGCAGUUCUCGCUCUUGGCCAUUUACCUCGCCGACGCCAGCCACUGCAUCCUGAUGGCCUUCGCCAUCCUGGCCAUUAUAGUGGGAUUCAUCAGGGUCAAGAACCUGAAGUUCCGCUGCGAGGAGCAGUCGAACCUGAACGACAUAUUGCUGCGCAUCUCGGCCUUCGGCCUGUUCACCUACUCCGUGUUCAGCAUCAUUGCCGGCAGUUUGAAGGUCCUGGAGAGCGAGCCCAGCCUGCUGGUGACGACCACCGGGGGCGUGGCCGUCUUCCAGGUGAUCCUGCAGCUGCUGUUCAUCGCGGACGUGUCCCGUCGCCGCGUCCACCUGCCGGAGCACGACCGGAGCAAGCCGGGCCGCCAGAUCGUCACCUUCCUACUCAUCUGCAACGUGGCCAUGUUCGCCAUCUACACAUUCGAAGCUCAAAAAGUAUUCGCCAAUCCUGUUCAGCUGGAGUUCUACGGCUUCGUGCCCUGGUCGAUCAUCCAGCGCAUCACACUGCCCCUGUGCAUCUUCCAUCGAUUCCACAGUGCCGUGACACUCGCCGAGAUCUGGAAGACCACCUACAAGGCACGCCUGGAGUAAGCUGGUGGCUAUGUCGAUGCCAAUGAAGAUGCCGAUGCCGAUGCCGAUGUCUAUAUCCCGAUGUCUAUGUAGGCCGAUGUGGGAGUUAUAAAAAUGCACCAAAACCAAAAUGUAGCGAGCCCAGAACGCAAACAGAUACAGAAAUCAAGUGAAGAGUUAGUUUCUAAUUACGUAUUAAACAUAUAUGCAUACUACAUAUAAUAUAUACAUUAAUGCAGAUAUGAUUAUGAUUUUUUUGUUUGAUAACCAAAGCGAAACGAAACGAAAUGAGAAACGAAACGAACGAACCUUUCGGACCAAUCUGCCGGUAAUAGAUGGCCAACCGAUAACGAUUUGCAGGUCGCUUCUUGACUUUUUGACCCCUUUCGGUUUUUACUUUGUUAACUCGUGGAGAACUUAAUAACUAAGUCAUAGCGUUUACAUUUUUUGCCCAAAGACCGAAAACCAUGAAACACGGCACAUGUUUUUAAUCUGAGUUACGUAUUUAAUUUAAUUUAGUUUAGUUUCGCCUCUAACACGCUGCAAUACCUUGUUACUUAAUGAAAAUGCAAGUUAAUAUUAAUUUCAUAUACUUUAUUAUUAUCCGCUUCGGCAACCGAAACCAAAAAUGAAAUCGAUUAAAAAAUUCACAUUACGAAUAAGAUGGAAAUUGUUCUGAAAACAUGGUUGUUUUCACGUGUUUUUUUUCGCGACUGCGAAGGCGGAAAUCCCCGUUAAAGUCAAAGUCCUCGGGAAAAGCACACACGAAUACACUGAAACCCAAAAGCAGGGAUCCACACAAUGCAAUGCCAUGAAGACCGCGGCCACAGGAAAAGCAAACGGAAACGGAAACGAAACGGUAACGGUAACGAAACCCGGAAACGGAUACAAAAGGACUUUCUGAAUCAAUUUGAUCUGACUUUUUCACCAAACAACAGUAACAGCCGAACAACAACAAACUGUGAUGAAUUCAUAUGAUUUAUUGGUAUCAUUUUAUUUCAGUUUAUUCUGUUCUCUCCUUUAUUUAAUCAAUUAAACUCUUCGUUUCUUAUUCUCAGCCACAAUUCACUAACUAAGUCUACACAACUUUUGUAAGAACUUAGAAACAAUGGCGCUAAGAAACUUCAUGGCCAAUUGUAAAAACAAAUUCCCCAAAACAAAAACUAAAAACAAAACAAUACCAAAAAAAAACAAAAAACAAGGGAAAACAAAGAAAAUUGUGGCAUUUAAUGGCCAAAAAUACAACAAAAAAAACAUUUUUAAUAUACAUUAUAUAAAAGUUUAUAAAUGUCCAUUUUUUGAUUAUUAGUAGUGAUGUUAAAAGAAAAACAUAAUUAACGGUAUAAAUAAUAAUAUGUAUGUAUGUUAUAGCAGAGAAUCGGAUAAACCAGAAAUUCUUAAGCAACACUCGAAAAAAAAGAGAACUUUUGGAGCAAUCGAAAAUCUUUCCAAGUGAAUCCCCGCAUUUAUGAAUGAGAAUUUUAGCUAAAGCAAAACGGAAAAUCAAGUGAAGUGGUGACGAGAUGCCAGGAAGAAAAAAGGGAAACCAUUGACAAGCAUCAAAUUGUUUACAAUUUACAAUGUUACAAAACUAACAUUUUGAAAGAUAUAUAUGCCACGUAUAUCUAUAAAUAUAGUAUACUAACCCACCAAAUUCAAAGUAUUUCAACGUUUUAUACAAGGAGACGAUGCGCAAGACAAGAGAUCGGGACAGCUAUCGACCUGUCCCCCUCGAACCCCAACCCCCCGCCCUCUCCCCCCGAAACACGAAACCCUAAGCCCGAAAUCCGUAACGCCCACAUAACCCCAUUGCCAAGCCCCAAACGCAUAGCCCCAUCCCAAAUACAGCUGCAACUCAAGUCAGAAAGCAUCAGAUUGCUAAAGACCAAAGAAGAGAAGGACGUUACCAGAAGCGAUAAAGCGAUAAAUUGAGAAUCCGAUUAUAAUCAAUAAUCAUAAUCCAGUCUACAAGUCUAUAUAAUGCAUGUUAACUGUAGGCGCGGGGAGUUCAAGAAGAAUACGUAUUCAAUACUCGUAAUCCAAUCAAAUGUAAUGUGGUAGCAAGCAUAGGCCAACCAAGCCAAAAAUCGAACAAACCAUAAGUAGUUCAGCACACACUCACUCACUCACACACGGAUCACGGAUCACGGAUCUGGAUCUGGAUAUGGAUCGGAUAUAUCCAAAGUUUGCGAACGAAAUUCAGUUUGAAACUUGUACUUGCGUAGGCUCUUAGAAAUUGUACUUGAAUGCAUACGCCACAUAAAUUAUAUAUAUAAAUAAAUCUAAUUGUUUUUUCCUUAACAUUUAGUUAAACGUAAGAUCAAAUCAUAUUUUAUGCCGUACAACCGAAAGAAAAGUGAGCAGAAAGAAAUAUUUAUUAAAUGUUUCAACUAAGUUGUAUAAUUAUAAGUGAGAGUUUACAUAAUGGAAUUAUGUAUCUGUAUCUAAGCAAGUAAAAACACUGAAAACAUUUCGGGAAAGCGCCUAUGAAAAAUGAGUUGGGAAUUCGAAGAUCGUUGAAAUAUACAGACAGAAACUUAACGCACAAGACAAGAACAAAAAGAUCAACACCAAAAGCAGCUAAGUCCCAUGAAAAAAACACAAAAAAAAACAUGAACAACUUAUAUACUCGUAAGUAUAUAGACAAUUUCAAUAACUGAUAAAAAUAUAUACAAAGUAAAAACCAAAAGCAAAAUUUACAUGCAUUUCAAAUACAUUUCCCAUAACCGCAUCAACUAAACAACAAAUCAAGUAAACCAACAAUUACAAUCGAAUUAAAAUGGAUAAACGAUUCGACAAACGUGUACGAUGAAUGAAUAUUAUAAAUUUAAAAUUAUAUAUUAUGGAUGUGUGCGAACGCAUAUGCUCAGCAACAAAAUACAACAAAAAAAAAACACAAAAACAAAAAUUGUAAGCAGUUUUUUAUUCAUCGCCACAUUUUAGAUACGAAAAUGAGAACGAAUAAAAAAAAUUCAGACAUUUCUCAGCGCGAAAUCCUUUUGUUCAAAACACUCAAACAUAUUCAUACCACACACCCUAACACACAUUUACACUGACAUUCGCUCAAUAUUGAGUUCAUUACAUAACGAAUACAAAUUAAAAUACAAAAAUGAAAUAAAAAGUUGAUGGUAAACGAAGUAAAGAUGACAUACAAGUAAUUUUAAAUUGAAUAAAUUAGUAUUAAAUAUGUACAACAAA